AUGGCCUCGACUGCUUCUGCGCAGCCCGAAGCUCGCCCGUUCGCGGCCCAGCAGGCGGAACAGCAGCCAGCUCAAACCAAGCAGCCCUCGAGCUAUUUCCCGCUCGGCUACAAGGAAGGAUUCAGUCAAUGGUGGACGAGCAUGCCGGCAGCGACAGCUGAACACAGCGUCCUCUCCUUCGUGCCGUAUCUGCAGCAACCUCCAACUCACAAGCAGACCGGCAAGGAGCCCACCGUUCCUGACGGGCAGCCGGACAGUCUGACCUCUGCAGACACCUCCCAGGAAGCUCAGGUGUCCGCCAACUCGGUCAACGACCCCUACGGACCGCGGAGGUGGCGGUCAAGCAUGGUACAGCUCAGUGGCGACAAUCGAGCACUGAACGAGUUCUCCGUCGAACGAGUCGGCGAGAAGGUCGAGAAUAACCUCGUUGUGCUGCACGGAUACGGUGCUGGGCUGGGUUUCUUCUACAAGAACUUCGAGAGCCUCAGUCGUGCCAAAGGAUGGCAGCUCUACGCCCUGGACCUGCUGGGAAUGGGACGCAGCACCCGGCCACCGUUCAAGAUCCACGCCAAAGAGAGAGAGCAGGCCAUCACCGAAGCUGAAGACUGGUUUAUCGAUGCCCUGGAGGAGUGGCGCGUGAAACGAAAGAUCGAACGCUUCACGUUGAUGGGACACAGUCUGGGAGGCUACAUGGCAGUUGCAUACGCUCUCAAAUACCCGGGCAGGCUGAACAAACUCAUCCUCGCAUCCCCCGUUGGCAUUCCAAAGGACCCUCGCGCAGCCAGUGCAGAUAUCGAAGAGCCAUCUGAAUCGACCAUGUCGGCUGAGUUCACCCAGGACCAAGAUGCCACCACCGCCGCCACCACCACGAAUGGUGUCUCGAGCAGAACCCCGCCGCUUCUGCGUCCUCUUCCCAAGUGGUUUACCUAUCUCUGGGAUGCCAACGUGUCGCCAUUCACUUUUGUUCGGUGGUCAGGUCCUCUCGGUCCCCGUCUAGUCUCUGGCUGGACAUCACGCCGCUUCUCGCAUCUUCCCCAGCCGGAAUCGAAAGCCCUACACGACUAUGCAUACUCCCUCUUCAGAAUGCGUGGCAGUGGCGAGUAUGCGCUCUCUUACAUCCUUGCUCCCGGAGCUUACGCCCGCAGUCCACUUAUCAAUCGCAUCCACGGGGUUGGCCGACAGCUCGUCAGGGAGCCCAUCCCAUCGGCAUCGUCGACGUCACAGCUCAACGCUUCUCUCACCGAAGCUCUAUCCAGCUCACAGUCAUCAGCGAACGUUUCGCCUGCCCCUUCUUGCUCAUCAGAUACAAACCUGUCUACCCCUGCACCUGGCCUGCAGCCUACACCACGUAAGGAGACCGGUAUCCCCAUUGUCUUGAUGUACGGUGAACACGACUGGAUGGACGUCGAGGGUGGACACGCAGCGAAACAAAAGAUCUAUGAAGAGCGAGAGCGUGUUCUCAAAGACGCAACGCCGGAAGAGAAGCUUGCAGACCGUGGAUCGGCCAAGGUUGUCGUUAUCAAACAGGCCGGUCACCAUGUCUAUCUAGACGGUUGGGAGGAGUUUAACAAAGUGGUCAUGGAUGAGAUGACGACCACGUCUAAUGAAGGAUGA